AUCAAAACGACCCUAUCGGUUGCCUGGCGCUUCUUUGAUGGGUACCGUCACAUAAGAAGGUCAAGGACGGUUCAGUUGCCUUUCAACCUGCAUUCACCAUUCUCGCCUCAUCUUGUAUCGUGCUUGAAUAUCCUCAACAGAACUUACGUCUACUUGUUUUGAAUAUUCUUUGAUUGGCUUACUAUUGCAGUGCUACUCGUCUCGGGUUUUGAACCUACUGGAUGAGUGACAGAUGCGCUGAAUGUGGAGAGCGUACGACCUGGGAACAAGAGCUCGGCUCUUCCAUAUGCACCAAUUGCGGUACACUAUCCAAUCCAUCGCAGAGUAUUCUUGCAUCCCACCUUGAGCAUCAAGAUACCUCUGGUUAUGACAAUUCGGCUUAUUGGAGUCAAUCUCAGGGGUUGGCGACCUUGAAAGGCCGCAGUGGCUGGGCUCUCGCGGGGCAAGACAAGGAAAGCAGGCAAAGACGGAAUAUGAUAUCCAUGCAUGAGUACAUACGAUCCAUUGCAUCAAGACUAUCCAACGUGGGCGUCGCUCCCCGCGCCCAAGCGGUGUUUGACCAGGCUAUGCUAAAGGGCAAUUACAACUGGGGCAGAAGGGCAAAACUUAUCGGUGGAGCUGCAGUCGCAAUAGCUCUCAGAGAGGUUAAUAGAAGUGACGCUCUCAAAGACAUUGCUUACCUUAUGGACGAAGAUUUCCUUCCGCUCUCACGGGCUUUCAGAGCCAUUAUAGACUUGCUUCAUCUGAAAUUGACAUCCGCCGACCCGAGUCAACACAUAGCGACGCUACAAACGUACUAUCUUCAAAGCUUAAUCGCUGACUCGUCUCCACUCCCUGCUGAUCUUCAAACGAAGUUGAAGAGUGUGGCACCUCAGUCUCAUGCAAUUUCCCGGACAGCAAUUCUCUUGGCAACCCUUUUAUCCCGCUUCAACAUCCUGCAGAACCUUCCGACUCCACCUACAGCAUGUGCUAUAUUUAUUCUUGCGCUGGAAGCUGAAACUGCAUCAUCGCUCCCACACGCCGGGGUUCUAGCGCGGAAUCUUGGUGCACGAAUGGGUGUAAGUCAGAAAGUUGUUAUGGAGCGUUAUAAAAUAAUAUAUGAUGCAGUGGAAGCUUGGAUCAAGGAUGUUCCCUGGCUUGAAGCGCAUGAGAAACGAGUCGGCUCGAAGGGACGUUCGAAAGUCGCCAAACGGAUUGUGGUCGCACGUGGGUUGAAGGAUGUUAUUCAGUUUCAAGAAGAGCUAUGGUCAAGGCAGAUGGAAAGCGUCCCGAAACCGGUCUUGAUGCUUGAUGUGGAUGACGAUGGCAAGUUCGACGAAAUUUCCGAAGGCUCUGGUGGUGCGUGCGAUCGAACAGCUCCAUAUUUCAUACAAGACGAUGUCACUUGUCGUCGUCAGAUCGCAAGACGCUAUACCUCAUAUCAGCGCGCUGUCGGCAAAGCUUCGCAGUUUCUACUCGGCCCCCUUUCCAAAUCCCCAACGCCUGCACGAUCAUCAUCCAGGGCACCAUUCGAUGAUAACACCCUCACGCGACUGCUGACAGUUGAUUCAGAUGCACUAUCUCAUGCAUUUAUGGUUCCACCAACACGCCUGCAAGCCCUCGCAUUGUCAAGAGGUGGUAGUGGUGAAGAUGCCAUUGCUGACGAUGAGUUGUUCGAUGAAGGAGAGCUUGAGGGGUUGAUGCGGUCCGAGGAAGAAGCCAAGGUAUUGCAAGUCGCGUUAGGUUGGGAGAAGUCAGAAAACGACCUUAGUUCAUCUGCUUCUGUCCAAGAAGGGUCCUCAACACAUCGUGGCAAGCGCAGGAGAUCAUCUCCGGACACAAAUGGGGAAUCUGAACAAGCCACCCGUCCAAAACGCUCAAAGCGUAUUGAUAUGGACGCGCUCGCUCGGAUUCUGGAUCCUGAGACCAAUCUAUCGUCCGAUGUCGAGGAUAGUGGAGAAGGCCCAGUCGUCCAGGAUUCGACAUCAUCAACCAACGAUGAAGUCCUCGGGGAAUGGAGGCCACUCUCACCAACAGCCCGGGGAUUUGACUUUGACAGAUACGAUGUGUAGAUCUCUGGACUACUGUAAUGCGAGAACGUCCAGUAUUUAUAAUCUGUAAGUCGAUUGAUCGAUUCAGUGCCAUUUGCUCAUUAGACUUUCUAAUUAUCGCAGCUCAAACUCCAUUUGGUAUGGCUUGCUCGGGUGUAUAGCUAAACAAGGUCGAUCGACAUCCACUCCUUCGUCUCUGGGCGGCUCGGCGCAUCUGCCAGCAUUCUGUAACAAAUCUUACCCUGAAGCAUUCACCCAUGAUUUUAGGAACUCGAUGUCCACUGUACAUACUUCAUCUUGGGUGCUAUAUGGUUAUGAAUCCAGGAAUAUGGCCAAUACUACAGGUCCGUCUGUCAACUAGUGAACUGCGGGGAAGGUGAGUGGGGUUGCGGGAGUCUUCAUUAAGUAGUUGACCUGACACGCUUAACCUUUUCGAGCUAGCGCCUACCGAUCCGUCUAUACAUUUACGCAUAUCCAGCCUUUAAUCCGGGCGCGCAGAUCAUGCGGUUUUAAGUGUUUGUCCUGCGGUCGUCGGCCAAACGUAUCCAAGGCACGGCUGAAACAUCCUCGCUUCGUUCUACGCGACAUGCCAGAGGGCGCGAGUGUUUGUGGAUGUUAAUUUCGGAAGGUUUUGCCAAACAAACACACACAAUGCAGACACAAGUGCUCAGUGUUACAGUUUUCUUCCAGUUACAUGCUCCUUCGGAGCAACCAGUUAAGUACUUCAUUCCCUGUAGAUUGUAGAAAACAUUUGUUCGAAGCUGUGCAG